CGGCUGCGAUCCUCCCGUUCAAUUCAGUGUUAAUUUGGUUCUUGAGGAGUCAACAUCAGCUGGAAACUAGCUGAAACUAAAGUACAAACGAAAAAGCAAUAGCUGCCUGUACCGAACAGAAAGAGUAAUCGAUUGCGUUGAGAGAGAGUUUUAUGAACUUGAGGUUUUUUUUGUUGAAUAAGUGCUUACUGGGAGUGUUUUCUGAGAGUUAAACGGAGCAAAAAUCUGCAAAAAAGUCAAGGCCAAAAGGACUUGGUUAAGAGUGCGAACUGUGAGAUCUGUAGUAUCGGUAAAGAAGAAGUAUUUUGGAAACCGGCUUGUAUCGGUGUGUCGACACGAGGAAACGAUCUCUGCGAUAGCGACACAAGAAGAGAACAAUCAAUUUGCGGAGGUGAUCGCAAACGAGAUUCGAUAAGCAGUGAGAGUGCGCGCGUUCGUGAGUGAUCAAGUGUUCGUUAACGAAAAGGAAAGGUUGCAAACAUGGUUCUAAGAAGCAAGAGCUUUGCCCGCUACAUCUUCCAGAACCAGCACAAACUGAUUCAGCAACUGCUGCAAACACAGCAACUGCAGAUCCGGCUGUGCAGCGGUGGUUCGCAGCAGAUCCAGCAAGCGCUGCGCGUCGAGGAGGAUGAUAUGCCGAAGAUUUCGCAGGCCGCUCCGGUAGCGGCCCCGUUUCCGAUGACGCUUGAGCACGCGCCGGACGUCGGCGAACAGUUCCGGUAUGCGGAUCUCUCGGUGCGUCUGGCCGCCCCGCACGAGCUCUCCCCGAAACCGGACACCGACGAUAUGGCCUUCGGCAAGUACUUCACCGACCACAUGCUCAAAAUUGCGUACCACAAGCGACUGGGCGGCUGGCAGAAGCCGGAAAUCACCCCGAUGGAAACGCUGAACCUGCACCCUGCCGCCAAGGUGUUCCACUAUGCCGUCGAGCUGUUCGAAGGCAUGAAGGCGUACCGCGGAGUGGACGGCCGGAUCCGUCUCUUCCGUCCGAACAUGAACAUGGCCCGCAUGAACAUCACCGCGUACCGCUCCGGCCUACCGACCUUCGAGGGCGGCGAACUCAUCAAAGCCAUGUCCCGCUUGAUCCAGAUCGACUCGGAGUGGGUACCGCACACCGAAUCGGCCAGCCUGUACAUUCGCCCUACCCUGAUCGGUAUCGAGCCCACGCUGGGCGUGGCCUCCUCAGACUCUGCCCUCCUCUACACGAUACUGUCCCCCGUUGGAGCGUACUUCAAGCCGGGAAGCGGCGGUCUGAAGCUGUACGCCAACCCGAACUAUACCCGCGCUUGGCACGGAGGGGUCGGCGAUCGUAAGGUCGGAUCCAACUACGGACCGACCAUCCACGUCCAGAAGGAAGCCCUGAAGGAGGGAUGCCACCAGGUGCUGUGGCUGUACGGCGAUCAGCACGAGUUGACCGAGGUCGGCGUGAUGAACAUCUUCAUGCUGUACGUCAAGGAGAAUGGAGAACGGGAACUGCUCACGCCGCCGUUGGAUGGCCUGAUUCUGCCGGGAAUUACUCGCGAUUCGAUCCUCCGGUUAUGUCGCCAGUGGGGAGAGUUCAGCGUCAAGGAGCAGAAGUUCACGAUGACGAUGGUGCAGCAGUUGGCCAAGGAGGGACGGUUGCUGGAAAUGUUCGGCGCUGGUACGGCCGCCGUCAUCAGCCCGAUCGAGCACAUCGCCUACAUGGGCGAUGAGAUCCACAUCCCGACCGAGAGCCAUCAGGCACCCAUCUACCGGCGGUUGUACGACACCCUGACCGGCAUCCAGUACGGCAAGAUCGAGCACGAGUGGGCUCCAGUUAUAGCAUAAGCACCCCCCUCCCCCUUAAACUACUUCUCUACUACGAUCCUAUAGGUGAAUCAGUACUAUUUUCUGUGGAACGAAUGAGUGACAGUGAGUGACUGAAUGAGUGCGUAGACGAGUCUUCCAGGUUAGGUAGAGUUGUGCGCUAUCGCAUGAUAGUGCACGUUACAAGAAUACAGUUUAGGAGAGGAAAAAGACACUUUUAGGUGAGAGAACGGGACAGGUAAGAAUGCAUGUUAGUAUGAGGUAAGGUUAGGAUUAGACGCAGUGAAGGAAGUUUGUUCCUUGAAUUUUGCGUUGAUAGUAAGAUUACUCUCAAAUACACACGCACACAAGUCGUUGUGUGAUUUGGGCGAGUGGAAGACCGCGGAAGGUUUCAGGCGAUGGAAGCAAACCGAUUGUGAUUUAUUUGUUUCUAAAGUUGUUAUUCUAUAGUUAGACAAAAUACAAGUUAUUUGUUCACAAAUAGAUCUACUUAAUGUUAACGUUGAACAUCGAAUACCGGAACUAUGGAACCAUCCGAAGAAACUAACAUAUCAAAAUUGCGUGCAGGCAUUUACUAGAAUACGUACCGCUUCUAGGUUAUGUUCAACCUAUCAAGCUCAAUAUUUAGCAAGACUUCCAAUAUUUAGAUCGCAUAAGGUAUAGAACAGUGAUAAUCAGACUUUGAAGUAUGCCGCAAACAAUGUGAACAGAACUCAGGAAAGCGUGGGAAAAGAUUUCAGUGGUUGUCACAUUUUAUCCCAUUGGCAGACCCCUUCCCAGCCCACAAAAAAAUCUUCCAAACGCCCACCUCAACCCAGUAUCAGAACGAAACCUCAAAAAACGUAAAACCUCUGCUUCCCAAUCCCAGCAGAUGAUUGAAAUCGGACAGAACCAAAUUAACCCUCUUCCCGCAAAAGUUGUUGCAUAUCUCUAUGAAGAAAAAUGAUUGAUAACGAUUAUCACACGAGAUGCGACAACCGGCGAAAGCGCCCUUGCGCGCUUCGAAUCAUACUGCGAAAGCACCGCCGCAUCUGCGCUGUGCUUUCGAAUCGGAAAUAUUUCACUGAAAUGUUUCUCCCACCAGCCGCCAUGAUGGCUUGCAAGCAAUUUGCAAGCGGUACAGUACACAGUUGAUUUGCAGCGGUACGUUGGCGCGCGCAAAACGUGAGAAGCGACACGUGGCACUGGGUGCUUUGAUCCAAUAAAAGCACAGCUUGCUACGACCGUGAUAACUUUAACUUUAAAGCAAAUACGAAAUUGACAAAAUGGCAUUUAUUAACUCUACCGUUACAAUAAAAAAAACCAUUAUCUCUAUAAUCAUUUUGGUGUGUUUUGCGCGUGAAUCUGGCGAUGUAGACUUCGGUUGCCCUCUUCGCAAAGCUCAGGUAGAAUUCACACUUUACAUUAACCACAUUAAAAUUACAUAUGUAUGUUUUUUAGUUUCAUUUUUCGAAUUUUUAUGUUCUGUAAAUUAUGUUAUUCCAAAACCACUCGCGGAACCCGAAAGCAGUAGUUUGUCGUACAAAACGAAAAAAGUGCAUUUCCAGGUUGUAAAUAGGAAUAAUUUGUUCGGUUUAGUAGGGAAACUAAGUUUCCGAAGGGCCUGCGUUAAGCGGGUGCAAUUCGCGCUCCGGUGAUCAUUUUGGUGCCAAACGGCUUUGACCCUUUGGAGACGAAAAGGACAUGGAAGGAGCGCGAAGGUGCCCUACCCUGGCCCGAAACAGUAGUAGUACAAGUGUGUUAUACGAAGAUGCCUUAUACGACUAGAUCUUCUUUUUAUUAACUUUUAUUUUGCGCUAGGUUUUAGUGUAGUAGCUUUUCUACUAGUAGGUAAGAGACGCUUUUUUGUAUUAAAUCGAAAACUGAUGGAAGUGAAAAUAAAGCAAAUUAUUUUUUCUCAGCUAAAA